GGGGCGGCUGGCUGCUGGCUGGCUGCUGGCUGGCUGGCUGGCGAUCGCCGAGAGUCUGGGAGGCGCGCGGGGCCGCCUGGUCGCGCCUCGUCUCCACGGGCUCUGCCGGCACACAGCCCUGGUGAGCAGGUGCACAGGCUGGAGCCCCAAGAUGACGGUCCCCAGGGGAGAUGCGAGCCCUACUGGCCGCCGGCUGACACGUCGCUGAAGCGGGCCCCUAGGCCCGGCCUGCUGCGUUCCCGGCCCAGCAUGCGCCUGUCCAUGCGGAGGGCGCUGCUGGCAGCCGGCUGCGCCCUGGCCCUGGUGCUGGCCGUGCAGUUGGGACAGCAGGUGCUGGAGUGCCGUGCGGUGCUGGGGGGCCCGCGGAGCCCCCGGCGGGCCAUGCGGCCUGAGCAGGAGGAGCUGGUGCUGGUGGGUGCUGACCACGUGGAGUACCGCUAUGGCAAGGCCAUGCCGCUCAUCUUCGUGGGUGGCGUCCCGCGCAGCGGCACUACGCUCAUGCGCGCCAUGCUGGACGCUCACCCAGAGGUGCGCUGCGGCGAGGAGACCCGCAUCAUCCCCCGCCUGCUGGCUAUGCGCCAGGCCUGGUCUAAGUCCGGCCGGGAGAAACUACGGCUGGACGAAGCGGGCGUGACGGACGAGGUGCUGGACGCCGCCAUGCAGGCCUUCAUCCUGGAGGUGAUUGCCAAGCACGGUGAGCCGGCGCGUGUGCUGUGCAACAAGGACCCCUUCACGCUCAAGUCGUCCGUUUACCUGUCGCGCCUGUUCCCCAACUCCAAGUUCCUGUUGAUGGUGCGGGAUGGCCGCGCCUCGGUGCACUCCAUGAUCACGCGCAAGGUCACCAUCGCGGGCUUCGACCUGAGCAGCUACCGCGACUGCCUCACCAAGUGGAACAAAGCCAUUGAGGUGAUGUACGCGCAGUGCCUGGAGGUGGGCAAGGACAAGUGCCUGCCCGUGUACUACGAGCAGCUGGUGCUGCACCCCAGGCGCUCCCUCAAGCUCAUCCUGGACUUCCUGGGCAUCGCCUGGAGCGAUGCUGUCCUGCACCACGAAGACCUCAUCGGCAAGCCCGGGGGUGUCUCCCUGUCCAAGAUCGAGCGUUCUACUGACCAGGUGAUCAAGCCCGUGAACCUGGAAGCGCUGUCCAAGUGGACUGGCCACAUCCCCGGGGACGUGGUGAGGGACAUGGCCCAGAUCGCCCCCAUGCUGGCUCGGCUCGGCUAUGACCCCUACGCGAACCCACCCAACUAUGGCAAGCCCGACCCCAUCGUCGUCAACAACACGCACCGGGUCUUGAAAGGGGACUACAAGACACCAGCCCAUCUGAAAGGAUACUUUCAGGUGAACCAGAACAGCACCUCCAGCCACCUAGGAAGCUCGUGAUUCCAGAUCUCUGCAAAUGGCUUUGUCGCCAAGAAGACCAGAAACUGCAUUCGAGUGGGAAUCAGACCUCUAAUCCAAGCAUAUUGCUUGCUAUUAAUCACCCGAAAACAGGACUGCUUAAUGGGGAAUGUAUUUGCAUAUGUUUGCAAAAAAAAAAAAAAGCCGAAUCACGGAACGCUACACCUUGGAACCCCGUCUAGGGUGGAGAGCCGAGUAUGGAAGCAGUCCUCUUUGAAACUUAGGUAUUUUCUAAUUUCACUCCCAAAACCUCAAGAACUGGUUUUGUUUGUUUUAUUUUGUUUUGUUUUGUUUUUUAAAGAAACAGACUCGCCAUCUUCCUUAAUUCCCAGGACUGCCUCGGUGGCUUUGUUUGCUCCAGCAAGGCCCACCGCCUGUGCCUCUCAGCUGUUGACCCCGACUUGGAAAACUCAGAGAAUCUAUUUAAAAAGUUAAUAUAUGAGGCUUUCUUGGGACUUUCCUCGGUUCUACCCAGUUCCCCGGGAAGGGGUUGGGGGAAGCGGAGCGGGCGGGGAUUAUUUGAAUAAAAAUGAACACAGUCUCA